UUGUUUACAAAACACUUUAACUUAUUUGAAUAUUUUUAAAAUUAUAAACAUUAAGUGUAAUUCGUACAUUUCUCUGAAUUAUUAGUCUACUUUGCAUUUACUGCGUUGGUUGUGAAAUAUGGGGGUGACAAUAUUACAACAGUUUCCUAUGAAAGAAAACCGUUCUGGAUCGCAAAUAAUUGAGUUUUUAACAAAAAGAGUGAACGCUCUUGGAGCAAAACAGUGUGGAACGUUUUUAGUCGAUUGUGAAACUUAUGCAUCAAUUCCUCAAUUAGGCGUUCAACGUACUCUACACGUUUUCCACAAUUCGGAACAUCCAGCAUCUGUGUUUGCGUUAUUAGAUAACGGAACUGGAAAAUCGGUGCCGGUUGUGGCAGAUUCUCUUUUUGAUUUAUUAUUACUAAAGUUGUCUCCGGUCUAUCCGUCGAAAAAAUCCAAAGUAGAAAUCAGAGGUCCCAGAUUUGAACUAAAUGAUUUCGUCAUUAAAUUUGGCGCUAUUUAUAUUAAUCAUAAUGUUAAAGGCAUUAUUGUAGAGGCGGAAUAUCGACCGUGUGUGGUUUUUGGUUUAUGUUGGGAUAUGUUAAGAGAAUUUUUGCAAGGUUUUCUUGGAUCAUGUGUUUCAAAUAUUCCACCACAUUAUUUCCAGAACCGAAUGAAUGAUAUAUUUCAACCGUUGGACAUUAUACAGCAGUAUCUAGAUCAUAUCACAAUAUACAGAAAAGCUACUGGAGUUUUACAACAAUACAACAACAACAAUAGUACUUAGAAACAAUGCUUUGUCGUUUCAAUAUUCUUAAACAAAGUCGUGUUUAUUUUGAUUAGGCUUAAUAUCGUACAACGUUUGUAAGAUAAUGUAUACACCUGUAUCUGAGUAUUUAUAUUUUUAAAUUAAAAAAAAUUCCUUAACUUCAAGAAUUUUGAGAUAGAAAUAACAUUUCUUUUUUUUUUAAUUAUUAUUUUAUUAUGUACACAUGUAGAAUAUUUAUGUAAAUAUACUAAGACAAUUAUUAAUUAUUUGUUCACUUGACGGAGCAAUAUAUUGCUCCGGGUAACUCCGUUACUUCCUUUUUAAAAAACAACUACAUAGAUUUAUAACCGAUUUUAUUGUACGCAAAGAAUAUCGACUAAUUAUGAGAUAUUCUCUUCACGGUAUAGUUCUUUGUCCACUUUAAGCACAGGUAAGAUAAAUAAUUUUAUCGCAUCUAUGCUUAAGCGCAAUCUUAUGACACAUACAUCUCGAUUACUAAUAAUAGCUACGUUUGGUUAAACAUAAUAUUGGAAUAGAUU